GGCUUAAGCGUCCUGACUAUAGAGUCCCCUGUGAGAGGCUGCGAUGGCGAGCUCGGCAGCCGCAGCCCCCUUCCUUGUUCCGCCUCUGGAGCAGCUCCGGCACCUGGCAGCGGAGCUGCGGUCGCUUCUGCCUGGAGUGAGGGUCGGCGAAGCCCAGGAGACAGCCGAGGAAUUCAAUCGAGAGGUGUUUUGGAGAAGACUUAAUGAGGCCGCAGUGAACCUGUCAGGGGAAGCCACGAUUCUGACUACACUUUUCUCCCGACUUCCACUGCCAUCUCCACGGGAAACCCAGAGGAUCUGUGAGCAAAUUCAUGUUGGCAUCAAAGAAAUUAUUGCAGUAUAUUAUUCACUUCCUAAAAAUCAAGGGAUCACCCUGAGAAAGCUGGUGCGGAAUGCUACUCUGGACAUUGUGGAUGGCAUGGCUCAGCUCCUGGAAGUGCUUAUCUCUCCAUCUCAGAGCACUGAGAACAGUGACCUUAUUUCCUGCAAUAGUGUCUCCGUAGCAUGCCAACAGGUGCCUGAGAUUCCAAAAGAUAACAAGGCUGCAGCCCUUUUGAUGCUGACAAAGAGUGUGGAUUUUGUGAAAGAUGCACAUGAAGAAAUGGAGCAGGCUGUAGAAGAAUGUGACCCUUACUCUGGCCUCUUGAAUGAUUCUGAGGACAACUCUGACAGCCACAAUGAUGAAAAUGGUGUAUUAGGGCUUCCAAGCAAUCGGGACUCAUACUGGUCAGAAGAAGAUCAAGAGCUCAUAACCCCAUGCCUUGCGUUGGUGAGAGCAUCCAGAGCUUCCCUCAAGAAAAUCCGGAUCUUAGUGGCUGAGAAUGGGAAGAAGGAUCAAGUAGCCCAGCUGGAUGACAUUGUGGAUAUUUCUGAUGAGAUCAGCCCCAGUGUGGAUGAUUUGGUUCUGAGCAUUUAUCCACCUGUGUGUCACCUCACUGUGCGGAUCAAUUCUGCAAAAUUGGUAUCUGUUUUAAUAAAGGCGCUUGAAAUUACAAAAGCAAGUCAUGUGACCCCCCAGCCAGAAGAUAGCUGGAUCCCUUUACUCAUUAAUGCCAUUGAUCAUUGUAUGAACAGAGUUAAGGAGCUCACUCAGCAUGCAGCCAACUCAUGAGCUUUCUCUUCUCACUCUCACAGCCAAGCUCCAAUGUUUGCUUUUAUUUAUUUAUUAUUUUUUCCCUGUGUCUGCUUUUAGAAGUGGAGCUUUGAUAGGGUGCUUGCUGGAUAGAAAGGAAGCUCUUGUCUGUAUUUCAUAAGAGAUUGUUAUCAAAAUUGUAGGCUAAGACAGAUUGUCAGCUAUCUAUAACACUUAUGAGUGUGAUAUGCUUCUGUACUAGACACAAAUUUUUGCUCUGAGCUGUUUCUUGGAGAUUCUUAAGGAAGUUGUCCUAUUCUCUAUUUUACAGUAAAGUAUAUUGUUUUAUUAAGAUUUUGAUGAUCUCAAUAAAGUGCUAAGCUAUGUGAUUAAA